AUGUCUAGGGAUCAUGACAAUGUGAAUAAGCUGACCGAAAGUACAUACAAGAAUGUGAUGGAGCAGUUGAACCCAGGACUGAGGAACCUUGUCAAUUUGGGGAAGUCCUAUGAGAAAUCUGUAGCCGUGAUGACUCUUGCUGGGAAGGCGUACUUUGAUGCUGUGUCAAAGAUAGGAGAGACUGCUUCCGUGUCCCCUGUCUCCAGAGAAUUGGGUGUGGUUCUGAUGGAAAUCUCUGAGGUGCACAAGAAGGUUCACCUGGAGCUGGAGGAGAAUUUCAAGCAGUUCCACAAAGAAAUCAUUUCUGAGCUGGAGAGGAAAACAGAGAUGGAUGUCAAAUAUAUGACUGCAACAUUCAAGCGGUACCAGUCAGAGCACAAAAUGAAGCAGGACUCUCUGGAGCGCUCUCAGACGGACCUGAAGAAGCUGCGGAGGAAAAGCCAGGGAAAACAAGCCACCAAGUAUGAGAAGAAGGAGAACGAGUAUAUAGAGACCAUCUUGUCACGGCAGAGUGACAUGCAGAAGUUCAUCGCUGACGGCUGCAGAGAGGCCCUCCUGGAGGAGAAGAGACGAUUCUGCUUCCUGGUCGACAAACACUGCACGUUCUCUUACCAUGUCACCACCUUCCACGAGAAGGCCAAAGAGCUGCUGGCAGUGAAGCUGCCCAGCUGGCAGGAUAAAUGCAAAGAUGCCACCAAGGUCCCCGACACAGUAUUGACCAUGCUAGAGGGUCUCCGCACCCCCAUGUCUGGGACCCCAGAAGCCUCGCCUCUCGUCGAACGCUACAACAGGAACAACAGGGACCCGAUGGUUCCCCCACCAGCCCCCCAGCUGAAGGCCCAGACCAGUCCACUGGCUAAUAUGUUCAACCAGGACGUCCCCCACGCCUCCUUCACAUCCACAUCUACAUCUACAUCAGACCACAACUCAGACCAGGGCAGUAUGGAGAACAGUGGAAGCCUGUCUCUAUCCCGGUCAGUGUCGAUGGGUUCUGGGCUGAACGUGGGCAGGAAGCCACGGGUCAGGACCAUCUUCCCCCACACGGCCGGCAACAACGACACACUCCUGUCCUUUGAUGAUGGUGACAUCAUCAUACUGCUCAUCAAGGAGGAGAAGGACGGAUGGCUAUACGGAGAGCUGGAGAAGACCCGGCAGCGGGGCUGGUUUCCCUCAUCUUACUGCCGACCUUACAAUGAACCACUGAUUUCAAACAGUUUGGGGACACCGGUGCGUCGUCUGAGUGUGGCCAGUCUUCCGGAACAGGAAGAGGAGGAGCCUGUUUUGCUGCCGCCGCCAGACUACAGCGACAGGACAGGGAGCAGCCCUUUCAGCCUGGUCAGCGCCUCCACACCCUCACCCAAAAACACGAUCUCUCUACCCAAUGAGGUUGGAAAGGUUCCCUUUCUGGGAGGUGGGAAUCCCUUUGCCACUGUCAAACUGAGACCUACAGUGACCAACGACAGAUCAGCACCCAACGUCUAA